AUGGAUCCCAACAGAACCGGGGAACUCAACAAUUCACCACAGCGCGAUGCCAAUCAAGAAGACGACGAAUUCUUUAGCAACCUGGUGAUGGAGUUUGAUUUCGACAAGGAGCCAGAGUGGCAAGAGUGGAAUUCACAGCAGCAGAAUGAAAUGGUUCCGACGUCCGACAUUCAACCGCAAAGCAUGCAGCCGCCAUCGGCGGCGGAGUCUUCCGGUGCGACAGCCACUUUGGAUCCUAACGGAACCGGGGGACUCUUUCCUGCGAGCGGCGGUCAAGAAAGCGUCUUUGCGACUGCGAGCCGUGCCGGCGAAAGUGGAGGCAGCCAAGAUGUGCUCUUCGAUGAGCUUCUUGACGACAAUCAGCUUCUUGGCCACGACUGCCAUCUUCACGGCGCCAACGCCGGCGAUCUUGGCAAUAAGGACGACUCAUUGUUUCUCGGCCUGGAGCAGUAUCAACCGCAGUCACCAUCGGCGGCGGAGUUUGAGACUCUUCCUCACGUCCCUCCGGUGAAUCAAGGUCCGACGGACAGGAAAGGAGCUAGGCUUAUGCAGUUCAUCCCGGACGGGAAAUGCCGGCUGAAGACCUUUCAAAGGAGGAAGAUGACCCUCGAAAAAAAUGGCCGCGACCUGUCCACCUUCUGCGGAGUGGACAUCGCAAUGGUUGUGUUCGGGCCCGAAAAGGCCGGGCCCGAAAUCUGGCCAAGUAAAGCUGACGGCGUCAUUGAUUUCUAUAUAUUGGCGCGGGCCCAGAACAAGAAUAAAUCAUAUGAUAUGGCGGAUUUCUUACUCGAAAAGGCUCUGCAAGCAGAAGACCAACUUAGGAAGGAGCGUGAAAAACGGAGACUGGCUCGUUACCCAAUUCCCGGCGGGGAGGACUGGUACAAUUCCAGGGAGGAAAUUGGGCAAUUUCUUGCGGCGAAAAUUGAGGCUGUGAAGGCAAAGAUGAUCAAAGACUCUGUUGAAGCGAUGAAGGGAAAGAAGAAGAUUUGGGCCACUCAGCCGCAUUUUGUUGCCAACCUGCCGUCGUCGGCAAUUUCUGAGCCGGGCACUUCGGCGAGGGGUGAAACCUCGUCUCCGGCGAGUGUGCAUGUUCAUCUGACUGGAAACAUGAACAUCCAUUCAAUUUAUGUGUAUUUUUCCAGCUUGGGCACAAUAUCAGAGUUCUUCCUCUACCGACCAUCUGAGAAUGGUGUUUUCACCCGAUUGAACAUCACAUAUUUGUCUGCCGACGCACUGAAAUUGGCUUUGGUGAAACAGGAUGGACAUAUCCACGGUCAAUCCCUAAAUUGGCACGAUGUCAAUAGCUGUUCGGAUGGAUCGACUCCGACCAAUCCGCUAGACUCUGACUUUCUGAAUUCCGGUCGGACCGCCGCCGGAGGUGCACCGGAGACUCCGGCGAGUGGCAUUGUGCAUGUUGAGAUAACUGCCAUCACGGAUCUCAACUCGAUUCUGGUUUACUUCUCCGCUUUCGGAGCUAUGCUGGAUUUGACCCUCUACAAACCUGGUGAAAACUGUUGCUUCAGAAGCGCAGUGAUUAAUUACGUGUCUCCCCAUAGUUCACAGCGGGUGAUCAGCAUGGGUUCUGGUCGACUGAUCGACGGUACUUGGCAAGCAAGGGUACUGAUCGGAUGA